GUUUAGACGGUGGCGCGUAGUCUGAAUUGAACGGCUUGCCGAAACGCACGUUCGCCGUUGUAGUGUACGUAUUUCGCGCGAUCUCGGCUUUCGUUUCCAACGAAUAUUUUUUCGCAACCGUUGAUUUUUCUGUCUUACUUCUUUUUUUUUUUUUUGAUUGAUAUUUUUGUCAACCGAACAAUAUAUUUUCGUUACCGUCGACACAAGUUCUUCUGACUGGGUACAUUUCAACGUGCCCAUGCGUGCAGUAGUGUGCGAUUAAAAACUAGUCGAAAUAUUCAACACCACCAUAAUAAUAUUAACUAUCGGAUAAAUAUUGAAAUACGCUCGAAAAUAUAAUAACUGUUAUAAUAUUAUUAUCGUGUACACUACGAAUACCUAUAAUACACCGUACGAGCGUUUUGGACAGAUGCAUCAAUAGCCGCCGAAUCGAUUUUGAAUAACUUCAUCAAGAUUUAUUUUUAAAAAUGGAUCCAUUGGACGAUGUUGAAAAUUGUGAACCCCAUCAUCACCUGCUUAAAAGACCACCUGUCGAUAUCGAAUUUUCAGACUUGACUUACAGUGUACCACAAGGACGAAAUGGAUCAAAAAUUAUUCUUCGGAGUGUAAGUGGUUUGUUCAGAUCCGGUGAACUGACAGCGAUACUCGGACCGUCCGGCGCGGGGAAAAGUACAUUGAUCAAUGUAUUAGCUGGUUAUAGAUGUGGUGAUGCCCGAGGUUCCAUCAUGGUAAAUAGCCGACCAAGAGAAAUGAAAUCAUUUCGAAAAAUGUGUCGUUACAUAAUGCAAGAAGACCUCUUGCAACCGGCACUUACAGUAUUAGAGUCCAUGGAAAUAGCUUCAGAUUUAAAGCUUGGUUAUACGAUUUCCAAAGAAAACAAACUUGAAUCAAUCGAAGAUAUCCUACAAAUGCUUCGGCUUACUAAAGCGAAACACACACUCAUGGAGAAUUUAUCUGGCGGAGAAAGAAAACGAUUGUCUAUCGCUUUGGAGCUUGUUAACAAUCCCCCUGUAAUAUUUUUGGAUGAACCUACCACUGGUUUAGACGACUUAUCCAGUUCGCAAUGCGUGUCAUUACUUAAGGAUCUUGCCUAUGGCGGUAGAACAAUCAUAUGUUCUAUACACACACCCAGCGCAAAAUUAUUUGCGAUGUUUGAUCACAUAUAUAUAGUAGCCGAAGGACAGUGUAUGUUUGCAGGAGUUGGCCAGGAUAUGGUUCCGUACCUGUCUACCGUAGGACUCAAUUGCCCUAAGCACUACAACCCAGCGGACUUCAUGAUAGAAGUUUGCAGCAGGGAGUAUGGCGAUUAUUCGGAAAAAAUGUCAACGGCCGUGGACAACGGUAAAUGUUUGAGGUGGUUCAAAGAUAAUGCUGAAACAAGGAAGCCAAUCGUACGUCGAGCGUCACAAUACGACACGGUCUCCAAUCAUCUGUACGAUUUUUCUAGUACGGGAUGGUCUCAGUUUAACGUGCUCCUCAGGCGAAUGAUGAUACAACACAAAAGAGAUUACACGUAUUUAUUGUUCAAACUGUUCAUGUACACGUUUAUCGGCCUAGUAGUCGGCGGCAUGUUUUUUCAAUUCGGAAAUGACGCUUCUAUGACUAUUUUCAACUAUGGGUUCAUAUUUAUUACCAUAAUCGUUUUUAUGUACACACCACUUAUGCCAGUAUUGUUAAAAUUUCCUACAGAAGUUCAGCUAUUGAAACGGGAAUACUUCAACCGAUGGUACGGACUGAACGCUUAUUUUUGUGCGCUCACGUGUUCACAACUCCCGAUGCAGAUAAUCCUAUCGUCAAUCUACAUAGCGAUAACUUACUUCUUGACAAACCAACCGUUGGAAUGGGAACGAGGGAUUAAAUUUUCCGUUGUGUGUUUGAUGGUGUCCUUGUCAUCAGAGAGUUUGGCGUACGCGAUUUCUUCACAAUUCAACGUUACGAACAGCGUGUUCUUCGGACCGUGCGUGGCUUGCCCAAUGAUGCUGCUGGCGUCGUUCGGUCUGGGCUACGAAGAGGACGAGAUCCCCGGCAUCAUCCGGCUGGGCAUGAACUUCAGUUACCUGCGGCACGGCGUCGAGGCGCUCGUCAUGGCCGUCUACGGCAACGGCCGCGGCCGGCUGGAAUGCCCCAAGAGCGAGGACUACUGCGAUCUCCGGGACCCGUCGGCCCUGUUCAAGACGGUCGGCAUGUCCGAGGUGACAUACUGGAGGUCAAUGAGCGCCCUGUGCGGCAUGUUCCUCGCAUUCAAGGUGGCGUCGUACGUGAUGCUCCGGCGGAGGCUCAGCACCAAACCGUCGCUGCUGCUCAAGCUCGGGUUCGUCGGCCGUUUCAUCAAGGCCAACUUUAACAUUCCUCGCUGACGACCCUAUAUAUAUAUAUAUAUAUAUAUAUAUAUACGACUCUAUCAUAUUAUAUAUAUAUAUAGUUAUGUAUAUGUGUAUAUAUAGGUAGUAUGUACAUAAAGAUUAUGACUUGACGCGACGGUGCGUGUGUAUACAGGACGUUCGCCUCGCGAGUCAUGAUAAAUACCAAACAGCAUUUGUGAUAUACUUAUACUUUAUUAUAGGUACUAUAAAAAAUAAUAAUGAAAUCUAUGUUUGUUUAUAAUAAUAAUAUACGUCAUCAUUGUCCUAAUAAUAAUGCAGGUACGCACAUCAUAAUAAUAUGCGAUUUGUCUACUUGAAUCGCGUGAUAUAUGACGUAUCUAUAUAUUAUAUUACCUACGAUAUUGGGAAAUAGGAAUGACCAAUUUAUAUACGUAUAAUGUGUGUAAGCGUGUAAUAUUUAUAGAAAUAAUUUUUCAAAAUAUAAAUAAAAGUAUUUUUUAAUGA